AUGGGUAAGUUCAUGAAACCCAGGAAAGUGGUGCUGGUCCUGGCCGGACGCUACUCCAGAUGCAAAGCCGUCAUCGUGAAGAAUAUUGAUGAUGGCACCUCAGACCGCCCUUACAGCCAUGCCCUGGUGGCUGGAAUCAACUGCUAUCCCCGAAAAGUGACAGCUGCCAUGGGCAAGAAGAAAAUUGCCAAGAGAUCAAAGAUCAAGUCCUUUGUGAAAGUUUAUAACUAUAAUCACCCCAUGCCCACAAGGUACUCUGUGGACAUCCCCUUGGACAAAACUGUUGUCAAAAAGGAUGUCUUUAGAGACCCCGCUCUGAAACGCAAGGCCAGGUGGGAGGCCAAGGUCAAAUUUGAGGAAAGAUACAAGACAGGGAAGAACAAAUGGUUUUUCAGAAGCUUCGCUUUUAGGACAAUGCUCAUUGAUUUGUCAUUGACAGUGCUCAAUGCAGGUGAUAAGUCUGGACCAAAGUACCUAGAAAACAGCCUACACCAAAGAUGGCUGCUUCUUCAUGUGGGAGGCCCAACUGGGUCUGGGGAAUUCAAAGCCACCAGCGGCAUAGUUGGUGGUGAUAUAAACUAA